CCUCAGUAACGCUGUACGUGGCUGGGUGGUUCAGGAAUAAAAACAAUCAUAAUCAGGUUUUAAAAUAUAUCCAUCGUUAAUGACCGCAAACAAAAGGCAGAGUUAAUGACGUAUGGAGAUAUAUGUUUUUAGAGUAAUAGUGUUUGUGUUGUAAUGUUUAUUUAGAAUUGUUUGGCCAGCCGGCUGUAAUAGCAGCUGUAAAAGGAGAGUUUGUUGCAGCCUGCCAGCGAGUAAUGGCGGAGAGUAUUUCUUCUGGUGACUUCUCUGUCCUUCCUCCGCCAAGGACUCGUAUCUUCAAGAUCAUCGUGAUCGGGGACUCGGGGGUUGGGAAGACCUGCCUCACCUACCGCUUCUGUGCCGGCAAGUUCCCGGAGAAGACCGAGGCCACGAUCGGGGUGGACUUCAGAGAGCGGCUGGUGGACAUUGACGGCGAGAAGAUCAAGAUCCAGCUGUGGGACACAGCGGGCCAGGAGCGUUUCAGGAAGUCCAUGGUGCAGCACUACUACCGCAACGUGCACGCAGUAGUCUUCGUAUACGACAUCACCAAUGCUGCUAGUUUCCGCAGCCUCCCAGCGUGGAUUGAGGAGUGCAAGCAGCAUGCUUUGGGAACAGAGGUGCCCAGGAUCCUGGUGGGGAACAAGUGCGAUCUCCGAGACGGCGUUCAAGUGGGAACAGACGUGGCCCAACAGUUUGCAGACUCUCACUCCAUGCCGUUGUUCGAGACCUCGGCUAAGAACCCCAACAGCCAAGGGGGCUUGAGCACCGGAAACAGUGACCACGUGGAGGCCAUAUUCAUGACGGUGGCUCACAAGCUGAAGUCUCAGAAGCCUCUGGUGUUGAGCCAGCCUCCUGUGGGAUCAGGAAGCAGCAUCAAACUGAGCUGCAGAAGGGAGGACGGAGCUGAUUUGUCGCAAGGAUGGACCUGCAGCAGCUGCUGAUUUGAUGGACACGACUCAACAAGACAAUCAUGAGGACGUAGACUUCUUCUUUAAAGCCAUAAAAACAUGGCGGACAUUGUGUUGUCGUAUGGGUAGAACUGGUUUGUGUUGAAGUGAGAAGAGUGUGACAACGUGGUCAUAAAUCAAUUCAAACUGUGACUUGUGCUCUUUGGCCUCUGACAAGCUUUAAAACAUUCACUUCUUCCUCCUUUCUGACCGGACUGUAAGACACAUUACACGUCAGCCAACCAUCUUCUGCUUCUUACUAAAAAAGUGCCCACAGAGGUUGGAUUCCACCACAGUAAUUAACAAAACGUACACAUUUAAUUUCCUUUUUAGAUUGUUAGUCCAAAGAUAGUUUUCUCAUCACUGUAGUCAAGACAAAGCCUUCCAAUUAAGUGCCAGAAGUUAUCGGUUUGCAUGCUAGUUUGUCUUCAGUUUUAAGAUUUUUUUUGUCUUGAUUGAAGGGAGCUUCAGUUUGUUUACACCAGUUAUUCCUGCAUCAUACAGAUUGAUGCAACAAUGUUUUUUAUUGGCAUGUGGUUAUUUAUUAUAAGAACAAAAGCUUUAUUUUUUCAGUUUUGUUGCUCUGCAUUGCUGUAUAUAUAUUUUAUGUAAAUGAUUUGUAAUUAACAUUGAGGAAUAAAUGCAAGAAUCCCAAGUAAUUUAAAAUAAUAAAAUAAAAACUGUUAAAUAAUGAGGUGCAAAUACACUGAGUAGCCUGAAAGUGCUGUUUGCAACCUUUACAUGGCUGCCUAAAGGGCGCUCAUUUUCCAAAGUGUUGUAAGCAUUAUAUUUUGCCUUCUUCCGGCUUUAAGCACCUUUACUAUGUUCCACGUAACACACACACACACACACACACACACACACACACACACACACACACACACACACACACACACACACACACACACACACACACACACACUAGUAGGGCCCUAGGCUUUGUAUGAUUCUAAACAGGAUUUUGUGUGUGGCCCCAUUUCAGUCUUAAUAUAACUAGUAUAACACAUUAGGUCAGGGAUUCUCAAACUGUGGUAUAUUUGACACUAGUGGUACGCGGGCUCCAACGAGUGGCACGCCAAAGAAUCACUUGAUUGAAUAUAGGAAAAUAAAACACUGUACUUUAAACACAGUGUUACUGUUCAAACUGUGUGUAAUGUUACAGUGGCCUAAAAUAAUAAGUAUACUUAUUAAAUAAAGCCUCGCCUUGUUUUUAAUGCAUACUUACGCUAUUGUAUUUUAAUGUUGGUCAUUAUGGUGAUAUUUGGAGAGCAAAG